UGGCGCCCCUGCCGGCUCCUCACCGCGCAUGCGGCUGCACACUGACACAAAUGUAGCACGAUGAGCACGGAUCGUCUCCCCCAGCUGCCAGAAACACAUUGCUGAACAUUUGCAGCCGCCACAUCCCGCCGGGACUCCUCUGACUCCGGACCGGGCAGGGAAGCCUGUGGGCCCGGCUCGCCUCGCCGCCAGCCCCCGGUCCUCCUCCAGGGCUGAGUGCCGGUGUUUGAUUGGAUUAGAGUCGGGCUAGCCUUUGCCCUCUAACCCCGCUGAUGUUGGCUUGCUGCUUCCUGCUGCCUCCGCUCCCCCUGACCGACUGACGGAGUCUGCCGACGCCGCACGGCGAAGCGCCCCGCACGGACACAGCCGACCGGGACCACAGCCGCCGCAGCCGGGGGAGAGCCGGGGAGGACCGAGCGGAGCGCCGCGACACACGGAGGCAGGCGGGCGGGCGGGCGGACAGGAAAAGCAGGCAGCCAUGCGGAGGAAAUCGAGGAUAAUGUUGUGUUUCGCGGUGCUGUGGGUGCUGGGGAUAGCCUACUACUUCUACUCGGGGACGGCGCUGAGUCGGAAGGAUGAAUGGGGCUCGAGCGACUCAUCCAGUCGGAGCAAGUCACACAGCUCCGACGACAAGGCUAAUGGCGCGGAGGUUUUACCACCAGGUAAGGUGCGCUGGCAGGACUUUGACCAGGACCUGUAUGUUGGAGCCACGGUGGUCCGGCCAGGCCAGGACCCGUACGCCAGGAACAAGUUCAACCAGGUGGAGAGCGACAAGCUGCGCAUGGACCGAGCUGUGCCUGAUACAAGACACGAUCACUGUAGACAUAAACAGUGGAAGUCGGACCUGCCGGCGUCGAGCGUCGUCAUCACGUUCCACAAUGAAGCUCGCUCCGCUUUGCUGCGCACUGUGGUCAGUGUCCUCAAGAAAAGUCCUCCUCAUUUAGUCAAGGAGAUCAUUCUGGUUGACGACUACAGCGAUAACCCUGAGGAUGGAGCGCUGCUGGGGAAGAUUGAGAAAGUGCGCGUGUUGAGAAAUGACCGCAGAGAAGGGCUGAUGCGUUCAAGGGUUCGUGGUGCAGAUGCUGCCACAGCACCAGUGCUCACCUUCCUGGACUCCCACUGUGAAUGUAAUGACCACUGGCUGGAGCCGCUGCUGGAAAGAGUGGCUGAGGAUAAGACCAGAGUCGUUUCUCCCAUCAUCGACGUCAUCAACAUGGACAACUUUCAAUACGUGGGAGCCUCGGCCGAUCUGAAAGGAGGUUUCGACUGGAAUUUGGUGUUUAAGUGGGACUAUAUGACCCUGGAUCAGAGACGAGCCAGGCAAGGCAACCCCAUCGCCCCGAUCAAGACCCCGAUGAUAGCAGGAGGUCUAUUUGUCAUGGAUAAGGAAUACUUUGAGCAGCUGGGAAAGUACGACAUGAUGAUGGAUGUUUGGGGAGGAGAAAACCUGGAGAUCUCGUUCCGCGUGUGGCAGUGUGGAGGAAGCCUGGAAAUCAUCCCCUGCAGCAGGGUAGGCCACGUCUUCAGGAAGCAACAUCCCUAUACCUUCCCUGGAGGCAGCGGCACUGUGUUUGCAAGGAACACGAGAAGAGCAGCAGAGGUGUGGAUGGACGAAUAUAAAAACUUCUACUAUGCCGCCGUCCCGUCGGCCAGAAACGUGCCCUACGGAAACAUCCAGAGCCGUUUGGAGAUGAAGAAGCGAUUAGCCUGUAAGCCGUUCAAAUGGUACCUGGAGAACGUUUACCCUGAGCUGAGGGUCCCGGACCACCAGGACAUCGCGUUUGGAGCCCUGCAGCAGGGGGGAAACUGCCUGGACACCUUGGGCCACUUCGCCGACGGGGUGGUGGGCGUCUACGAGUGUCACAACGCCGGGGGAAACCAGGAAUGGGCCCUUACCAAGGAUAAAUCGGUGAAACACAUGGACCUGUGUCUGACUGUGGUGGACAGAACAGCUGGGUCUCUCAUCAAGCUACAAGGCUGUCGAGAGAACGACAGCAGACAGAAAUGGGAGCAAAUCGAGUCCAACUCGAAGCUUCGUCACGUGGGCAGCAACCUCUGCUUGGACAGCCGCAGCGCCAGGAUGGGCGGACUCACGGUGGAGGUCUGCAGCCCCAGCCUCAACCAGCAGUGGAAGUUCACCCUCAAUUUACAAUCAUAGUGGGGCGCGGCGCGGCGCGCUCCGGGAAGACGUGGAUCUACGACGGACAAAACCGACAGACUCAGAGCCCGACAAGACUCGAGGAGAAACACAGACUCGGUGGAUGAAUGGAUCCCUCUUGCUCCUUCUCCUCCUCGUCCUCCUCAGAGGUGCAGCCGGCCAGCCGUGUGUACAGCCCCUCUCCCCACAACUCACCCCUCCCCCCUCCCUCAGAUGACAGGCCACGCCCACAGGGGGGAGGGGCUUGUAGACCGCGAUGGAGUAACCUGGAGGCUGACUGUUGGGUGGAGGGAGGGAGGGAGGGCGCGUCGAUGAGCAGAAUGAGGAUGGAAGCAAUGAAGAGACUUUUGUUUCAAAAUACAUACCUCAGUGUUUUUGUUCAUUGAUGGUUCCAGCGGUGAAUGACCAGUGAAUUCCUCUUUUACUUCUUUUGAUGCUUAUAAAGCAAAACUGAGGGGCGUUUUUAGUGUUUUAAUUUUCCUAUUCUUUUUUUUUUUUUUUUCAUUUCUCACUGUUGAUUCUCCUUUCAGAUUUGCAGGAGAAUUUUUUAUUUUUUUUAUUUUAUUCUUAAAAGGAAUCUUGGAGCAUGGGUGGAUGCUUCCAGUCUUGUGGGUGUUAAAUGAUAAGAAGGGAGGAGAUGGACUCCAUUUCUUGAGCUUUUCCUCUCCUUUGCUCUAAUUUACAGAAUCAGCAGAGAAAAGUGAGGCGAAUGUGAGAGGAGAGUACUCUGUGUUCUGCUUUGUUUUCUACACAACUUCUUUUUCUACAGAUUUUGACACGGGCAGGUGAGAGACGGUUCGGGAAAAGCCUCUUUGCUUCGGAGUCUCUGAUAGGAAAGUUCAGGGUGAUGCGAGGAAGUGUCAGAAAUCGCCCUGUAGCACUGGCUGCUGCAGCAUCCUCACAUCUCCGCCGUUCUUCUCGGAAGAAAUUUUUUAGUGUUUUCAUGUUUACUUUUGUCAAAAGUUAGAAACAUUUUAAAAGGUUGAAUCGGGUUUCAUUGAUGAGCAGCGAAGAGUUUUUUUUUUCUCUCCAUACUUGUUUCUUGCACAGAUGAUUUCCUUUGCCAUUGUAAAAUCUUACUAACAGUCACUUCCAAACUGGUUUUAUGUUGCUGCUUCUAAUCUGCGGCGAUCAGGUGCGGCGAGCUAUCGAAUAAAAAAAAAAAGGCCAUCCCGAUCAGUCAUUCUUGUCCCGGUCAUGCAGACAUGAGUGACGUGAUCGUUUCACCACACAGCUUUACAUACUAAUGAUCAGUUAACGAAGGAAACUCAGCAUAUUUGUCUACAUGAUGAACUCCUCUGGUGAAUUGUAGCGCAACUCUGUGGCAAAAUCUUUUUUUUUUCCUUUAUCCAUAAAGUAAAACUGGGUACUGUUGUCAUAGUGCAGAUGUCAUUCGACAAAGAUGAGUUUUAAACGUCAGCGUCCAUAAAGAGAGCAGCAGACGUGCUCUAAAAUGUUCCUACUGACUGCAUGCAUCAGCAGCGUAUUCCCGCAGUUACAUUCACUCAGCUGUUUCUUACAUUAGCGCGCUUUUUUCCCCUCAUUGUGCCUGUUGGAUGAGCUAUCUGUUAAAAAAUGUGUAGCUGCAGUAAACGUGGCUUUACUGUUUGUCCUCACUGUGUGUCUGCCGGAGGUGAGCAGAUUUUUCAGAUUGCACAAGCAGGGAUGCUCAGUUUUCACACAGUGAAAAUACACACUUUAUUUCAGCAAGCUACUUUUUUUUUGUUUUUCUGUUUUUAAGAGCAACAAUGUUUUGGUGUCACAAAACGGCGAAGUGCCACAUUGUAGUUCUUCAUUACGUUGCGUAGUGCUGCUGAUACCACAGAGUAAAUGUCUCGCUGUAUGAGUCCAGCUGCAGAUGCCUUUUGUGUAUGUUUUGUGUGAAACACUUUUCCCCUCUGGGCUCCCUGCUCCCUUCAUCUCCACCGCUGUGAUCUGCUGUGCUGUUAGUCAUUGGUGAGUAAUGAAGAUGAGGUUAAGAGGAAUUGGUUUUCAGUACAUUUAGAGCGACUCGUCACGACUUCAAGACCAUUGCGUCAACAUGAGAUGUCUCUGAGAUGAUGGGAUUUGAAAAUUCCAAGUUUAGAGAAACCAGAAAACAAGUCGUCAAUUCAGAAACCAGUCUCUGUUAUUCAGUCUGUGUCAUCCACAAUCACACCCUCAUGAAAGUUCUGAGUAUCUUCAAAGUUUUAAUGAGCUGUGGACUAACAGGCGGUUUGUCAUGUUUUUCUGAUAGUAUUUUAGCGUCUUCUGUUAAACUGCUUUGUGCAUAAGCCUCUCAUUCUCUUCCUACCUGGUGCUUUGUCUCAUCUGAACAUGCAGUGACUGGAGUUGUGAAGGUGAGCUGUAGCUGCAGCUGUUUUUCAUUUUGUUUUGUUUUGUUUUUUUUCUUUGGGGGGAAAAAAGCCUAUCCUUUGACUUGAUAGGUUGCUGCAUUGUGCUGCCAGGCCACAGAAAACGCAAAAGACCCUCGACACAGGCUCAAUUUGGAUGCGUGAUGUUGCCUUAAAAGCUCAAUUUUUAUUCAAAUGUCACCUUAAUUUGGCAACAGCUUAGUUGUUCUCCUUGGAAACUCAAGUAUGAAACAUUUUUAGUGUCUUAAUUUUAUAAGAGAACUGCAAUUCAUGAAAGGGUGAUUUGAAUUCUAGGUUUUAAUUCACGUUUUCUCCAUUGCACAUUUCAUCAGUGUGUUACUGUCAAUUCAGAAGAAACUCCAGCAGUGUGAAAACAAAUGCAGGUUCUAGUGUGAACAGUUCACAUGUGUAGAGAUGGUCGCCUCCUCAUCUGCUUUACUUUGCUGUAGGCCAUUUGAAAAUUUGGUUUUUUAAAUUCAAAAGAUUUUAGUUUUUUGGGGGUUUUGUGUGGAAUCAUGAAGUCUGUUAUCCAUGGAAUGGAUUUGAUUAAAGUUGUACAUCUGUUUUUCAGUAGGGUGUUUUUUUUUUCCCAACAUCUAUAAGGCUCAAGUCUGUAACUGUGUCUGAGCUGCACCGCUGUGGGAAGGUAACGACAUCCUCAGCAGCUCUCAGCCAUUAACGUGCCAUUAAAUGUUGAUGGUCUGGUGCUGCUGGUUCACUGUGGGAUCUGGAAGAAAGGCAGCAAAUAGAUACACAUGUGGUGUGUAGCGCCAUCUACUGUCACGCUUGUCUGGGCAACAGUUGUGCAACAAAGAAGGGGAAAAAGGAUUUGAGGCUGUAAGCUUUUAACACAAAGCCAGGCAGCUUCAGACUUUUUUCUCAUUUCUUUUUUUCCCCCCUGUUGGUUUGAUAAACUGUUGUUUUAUGCCUGCUCCAUUCAGCCGGCUUGUGAGCCUCAAUACACACUCCUGAGCGACCACGGCAGAACCUGCCUGCUACAAUAGUUCACAUAUGUCAUUUCAAGCCUUUUUCUUAUUAAACUUGUCUUAUUCUUGUGGAGGAUUACAGGUUUGCUAUUUUAUUUUUUAUUGUUUUAAUGUUAUACACAGAGAACAAUGACUGUAAUAAUUUAAAAGUCCAGCGCCUCGUUUUGAUUGGAUGAUUAAAUGUUUACAUCUUUAGCACAAUGUGCCAAAGUUCCUUCCUGGUUUUUUUUCUGCGUAAGGAAAAGUAAGGAGUCAAAGUCUUUGGAAAAGUAGGAAUGAGUCUCAGAGGACUUGUUCAGUUUCAGGAUGCGUUGUACGUUGUGUAUCUUCAUGUUUCCUCCAGUCUCAGUUCAACUUGUAGGACUCCUCUUAGCUGCUGAUUGGGUUUUUUUUUUUUUUUUUUUUUAAUUAUUUGUUUUGACUUAGUAGAAUACAUUUUUCAUGGAAUAUUUACACCCUAUGGUCUUCAAAGUGACUGUUGAAGUGGAGCCUCUCAGCAAGAAGUGUCAUUCAAGAGGCAGAAUAUUAUCAGUAAUGCAGAUGUGGUACUUAAACAUGAAUCAAGAAUCAAGGGUGUCCUCUUCAAGACAAUAGGAAUUUUCCUACUCGGUGUGUUUUCAAGACAAACUUUUUUUUGAAGAUGAUGAAGGUCAGCAGCAGAGGAGGUGUGAAGGUGACGUGUUUAGUGUAUCUCUGCUUUCCCUUUUCAACAGGGAGAGGAGUUUGCUCACGGUUUGUCCUUAAACCGGGACGUGUUCCCCCUCUAGACCCACCUGCAAUCCCCUUUUAGGAUUAACGGGAGGAGAGCCCUGUGUGAUAUGUGAAAAGCCCUGCUGAGACAUCCAGCUCAGGGCUGCUUAAGCUUCCCCAUCUUUCGCUGUGACCGGCUGUAGCAGUGUUUGAGAGUCGGGGAGAGAGAGGGGCUUAACCUGCACGUCAGACAGUUUACUGUAAAAGCCUUUUCACCUGGUAAUGA